AUGUUGCUUCCCGGCAGGAAAUACACAGCAAAAGCAGCGUCGCUCUGCCUGCUCAACUCCUCACCGUUUCAACAACAACAUCAACCGCAGCAUUCUCUGGCAUCUUCACCUGUUCAGCCAACUUCUGCGGGGUUUGCUAUCAAAUCUAUUCGAAUUUUCCCUCUCCCAAUCAUCCUCGAUUGUCUCAUCCCCGGCGCCGACGAUGUCUUGCCUCAACUUAUCACUUCAUUUCAGCCAACAAAUCCCACCGUCCCGUCUCCUGUGGUUUCUCUCCGAUCUCUUGGGCAUCUCUUUGCGGUAACCUCACCGCUGGCCAUAGUUGAGAAUAGCUGCUCCAAUCCGAACGGUUGCGACUCGCCCCGAAUCAUGACGCCAGACCCUAGUCGGCCGACAACUGGCCGACAGGCUUCAUCACCGAACGCGCCCCUACGGACUCACCCGCCUGUCAAGCACCGCUGA